AUGAUGCAAAAUGUGCAGCUGGCUCCUGAGAAUGAUGAAGAUGAUCUCUAUUCUGGCUACAAUGAUUAUAAUCCCAUGUUUGACACAGAGGAUUUAGAAAAUGAUGUAGCUUUUCAACAGGCAGUAAGAACAAGUCAUGGUAGAAGGCCCCCUGUGACAGCCAAAAUUCCGGGUACAUCAAGUUCAAGACCUUUAGCUACUGGAUUUGGGUCAAAGGCAACUUUGCCUUCAUCUAUGGGAAGACCAAUGACAGGAGCUAUCCAGGAUGGGGUUUCUCGACCAAUGACAGCAGUGCAUGCUGCAGGUUACACUAAAGCAGCUAUAAGAGGUUCUUCAUUUGAUCCUCUUGGCCAAGCAAGAGGUCCUGCUUCACCUCUGGAAAAGAAAAAUUCAGACAGUUCAGAAGAGAAGAUUCGGCAGCUGGAAAAAAAAGUGAAUGAACUGGUUGAAGAAAGCUGUGUGGCCAGCAGCUCUGGAGACUUGAAAUUGGCUUUGGAAAAAGCAAAAGAGGCUGGAAGACAGGAAAGAGAACUGUUGAGACAACGUGAACAAAUUACUCCUCUAGCAAAUAUCAACUUGGACCUCAAGUACUCAGUUCUUCUUAAUCUGGCCAGUCAGUAUGCUGCUAAUGAAAUGUAUGCUGAAGCACUGACUACUUACCAACUCAUAGUGAAGAAUAAGAUGUUCAGCAAUGGAGGGAUACUGAAGGUGAAUAUGGGCAAUAUAUAUUUAAAACAACGGAACUAUUCCAAAGCUGUCAAAUUCUACCGUAUGGCUCUGGACCAGAUUACUAGUGCCCACAAAGAGAUGAGGAUGAAAAUAAUGGAAAAUAUUGGAGUUGCAUUUAUUAAAACUGGCCAAUAUGUUGAUGCCAUUUCUUCCUUUGAAGAGAUAAUGAGCAUAUCCCCAAACCUGAAGGCAGGUUUCAAUUUGAUCCUGUGUUAUUUUGCUAUUGGAAAUGGUGAGCAAAUGAAGAAAGCCUUCCAAAAACUUCUCGCAGUUCCCUUGGAAGUGGAUUAUGAUGACAAAUACGUUUCACUAAAUGAUGAUCUGCAUACGAAGCUACUGAUUGAAGCCAUUAAAAAUGACAGUUUAAGUCAAAUAGAACGUGAGAGGAAAUCCGUGGCAGAGGAAUAUAUCAUGACAGCUGCUAAGCUCAUUGCACCAGUAAUUGAGACAUCUUUUGCAGUAGGCUAUGACUGGUGUGUUGAUGUGGUGAAAGCUUCACACUAUGUAGAGUUAGCCAAUGACCUGGAAAUAAAUAAAGCCACUACUUACUUGAGGCAGCAGAAUUUUAACCAGGCACUGGACACUUUGAAAAUGUUUGAAAAAAAGGACAGCAGACUAAAGAGUGUGGCUGCAACAAACCUUUCAUUCCUGUAUUAUUUGGGGAAUGAAAUGGCACAAGCAAUUAACUAUGCAGAUUUAGCUGUAAAUUCUGAUCGAUACAAUCCAGCAGCUCUAACUAACAAAGGAAAUACUGUUUUUGCAAAUGGAGACUAUGAAAAAGCAACAGAAUUUUAUAAGGAAGCUCUCAGGAAUGAUUCCUUGUGCACUGAAGCACUUUAUAAUCUUGGUUUAGCAUACAAGAGGUUAAACAGGAUAGAUGAAGCUUUGGAUUGUUUUCUGAAACUCCAUGCAAUCCUUCCAAAUAGCACCCAGGUGCUUUAUCAGAUAGCAAGCAUAUAUGAGAUCAUGGAAGAUCCCCAUCAAGCCAUAGAGUGGCUCCUGCAGUUGAUCAGUGUGGUACCAAGUGAUCCACAAGUACUUUUAAAGCUAGGGAAAUUAUAUGAUCAUGAAGGUGAUAAAUCCCAAGCUUUUCAUUAUUACUAUGAGUCCUACAGGUAUUUCCCUUCAAACAUUGAGGUCAUUGAAUGGCUUGGAGCAUAUUACGUUGACACCCAGUUUUGUGAAAAAGCCAUUGAGUACUUUGAAAGAGCAGCACUUAUCCAGCCGACACAAGUGAAGUGGCAGCUGAUGGUUGCCAGUUGCUACAGGAGAAGUGGUAACUACCAGAAAGCUCUGGAGAAAUAUAAGCUCAUUCACAGAAAAUUCCCAGAGAACACGGAAUGCCUUCGAUUUUUAGUUCGUCUCUGCACAGAUAUGGGACUGAAAGAAGUCCAGGAAUAUGUAACAAAGCUCAAGAAAGUGGAAAAAUUAAAAGAAAUAAGAGAGCAGCGUAUUAAGUCUGGCAGAGAUGGCAGUGCACGUAACCGCAGAGAAGGAAGUGGUGGAAGCUCUUCUGGAAGGAACAAUAGUGGUGGUCCCAAAGGGGAAAGACUGAGUGCCAGACUAAAAGCUUUGCCUGGAACAAGUGAACCCUAUGAAAGUAGCAGCAGUAAAGAAAUAGAUGCCUCCUAUGUAGAUCCGCUUGGCCCACAAGCAGAAAGGCCAAAAACUGCAGCAAGAAAAAGAAUUGAGGAAGAUGAUUUUGCUGAUGAAGAACUAGGAGAGGAUCUGCUUCCAGAAUAG